AUGGAAAGAAAAAUACGUCGAAAUGAUUACACCAACAGUUGUUCAUUUCACUUUCAGCUCAAUAAACUUGUUGAGCUGAAUAAAGAACACGUCAUGAACCACUUUCCGCUCAGAUUAUGGGACGAAAAGCUGACAAAAAUGAAACAUAAUCAAAGCUUUUCGUUACCGCAUUUCUAUGUGUAG